CGCAGCGAGGACGCGAGCGCACGGCGCGCGGGACCGGCCAUGGAGCAGGACGCGGGCGCGGGUGGCCCGGCGCAGGACCCCGAGCCCGACCCCGAGCCGGACGCGGGUUCGUCCGAGGCGUUCUCCAGACUCUGGGCCGACGUCAUGGGCAUCCUGGACGGUUCCCUGGGAAACAUUGAUGACCUGGCACAGCAAUAUGCAGAUUAUUACAAUACCUGCUUCUCAGACGUGUGCGAGAGGAUGGAGGAGCUGCGGAAACGGCGGGUUUCCCAGGACCUGGAUGUGGAGAAACCCGACGCCAGCCCCACGUCACUUCAGCUGCGGUCCCAGAUCGAAGAGUCACUUGGCUUCUCUAGCGCUGUUUCAACACCUGAAGUGGAAAGAAAGCCUCCUCUUCAUAAAUCAAACUCCGAAGACAGCUCUGUAGGGAAAGGAGAUUGGAAGAAGAAAAACAAGUAUUUCUGGCAGAACUUUCGAAAGAACCAAAAAGGAAUAAUGAGACAGACUUCAAAAGGAGAAGAUGUCGGUUAUGUGGCCAGUGAGAUAACGAUGAGCGAUGAGGAGCGGAUUCAGCUAAUGAUGAUGGUCAAAGAGAAGAUGAUCACCAUCGAAGAAGCGCUUGCUAGGCUCAAGGAAUAUGAGGCCCAGCACCGGCAGUCAGCUGUCCUGGACCCCACGGACUGGCCAGACGGCUCCUACCCGAGUUUUGAUGGCUCAUCCACCUGCAAUUCAAGAGAACAAUCGGAUGAUGAGACCGAGGAGUCGGUGAAGUUUAAGAGGUUACACAAGCUGGUGAACUCCACUCGCAGAGUCCGAAAGAAACUAAUUAGGGUGGAAGAAAUGAAAAAGCCCAGCACUGAAGGUGGGGAGGAGCACAUGUUUGAAAAUCCUCCGGUCUUGGAUGAAAGGGCUGCCCUUUACUCUGGAGUACACAAGAAGCCUUUUUUCAUCGAUGGGUCUGCUGAAAAACCUCCUGAAGAUGACACUGACUCACUCACCACAUCUCCAUCAUCCAGCAGCCUGGAUACCUGGGGAGCUGGCCGGAAGUUGGUCAAAACCUUCAGCAAAGGAGAGAGUCGGGGUCUGAUUAAGCCCCCUAAGAAGAUGGGGACAUUCUUCUCCUAUCCAGAAGAAGACAAAGCCCAGAAAGUGUCCCGCUCUCUCACGGAGGGGGAGAUGAAAAAGAGCCUCGGGUCCCUGAGCCACGGGGUAAGUACGGAUGGUGUUUUCUUCUACGACAACCAUCGCCGUAGGCACCACUUCCUGGUGUCCCUGGAGGAGGUUCAGAGUGUCCGCAAGCAAAUCCGCUUGAAGAAAACGGAUACUAAUUAUUCCUGUUCCAGAGCUUUUCUCUGCCAGCGUCCCUCCAGAAAAGGAGUGAACGGCACCACAUGUGACCUGCCACUACCCCGGCAGAAGGCCAAAGGGGGAGGCAGCUGCAGCUUCCCAGGCAGGAGGGCACGCGGGCGCGCCUCGGUCAGCGAGUUCAAUGUCACCUACGUGGUGGAGCGGAGUCUCUACAGCCACCUGAACCUGACCCAGCUAGUGCGUCCUGCCUCAGACAGAACCCUGAGCAAGGCCGAGAAGCAGGACCUGAGGCGGUGCUUGCUGGAGGAGGAUGAGGAGGCAAAGAGGAAGUGGGCUGCCACAGUGGACCGCUGUACUAAAAGGGUUCUCUUGAGAAUCCACCAGAAGUCUAGAACUUGCAGUUUUGGAGGAUUUGACCUGACCAAUCGCUCCCUGCACGUUGGCAGUAACAGUUCUGAUCCAGUGGGAAAGGAAGGAGAUUUUGUGUACAAAGAAGUCAUCAAAUCACCCACUGUCUCUCGCAUAUCUCUCGGAAGAAAGGUGAAAUCAGUGAAAGAGACAAUGCGGAAGAGAAUGUCUAAGAAAUACAAUAGCUCGGUCUCUGAGCAGGACUCAGGCCUCGAUGGAAUGCCUGGCUCCCCUGCCUCUGUCCAGCCUGGCUCUGAACACAUGGACAAACCCAAGCUCAAAGCUGGAGGAUCUGUUGAAAGUCUUCGGAGCUCCCUGAGUGGGCAGAGCUCGAUGAGUGGUCAGACAGUCAGCACUACUGAUUCCUCCACCAGCAACAGGGAAAGCGUCAAGUCAGAAGACGGCGACGACGAGGAGCCGCCCUACCGGGGCCCCUUCUGUGGGCGAGCCCGAGUGCACACGGACUUCACUCCCAGUCCCUAUGACACAGACUCACUCAAGCUCAAGAAAGGAGAUAUUAUUGACAUAAUCAGCAAGCCACCCAUGGGGACCUGGAUGGGUCUGCUGAACAACAAGGUCGGCACCUUCAAGUUUAUCUAUGUGGAUGUGCUAAAUGAGGAAGAGGAGAAGCCCAAGCGGCCCACCAGGAGGAGGAGAAAAGGAAGACCUCCCCAACCCAAGUCUGUGGAGGAUCUCCUGGACCGGAUUAACCUGAAAGAGCACAUGCCCACUUUCCUAUUCAAUGGAUAUGAAGACUUGGACACCUUCAAGCUCCUGGAAGAGGAAGACUUGGAUGAACUAAAUAUCAGAGACCCAGAGCACAGAGCUGUUCUCUUGACGGCAGUGGAGCUGUUACAGGAAUAUGACAGUAACAGUGACCAGUCCGGGUCGCAGGAGAAGCUGCUGGUGGACAGCCACGGCCUGAGCGGAUGCUCCCCACGAGACUCAGGAUGCUACGAGAGCAGUGAGAACCUGGAAAAUGGCAAGACUCAGAAAACUGGCCUCUUACCUGGCAAGUCGUCAGCUGAGUCCAGCUUGAAGCCUUUUCACAAGAAUCAGCUGGGCAGGUACCCCACCUUGCCUUUAACAAAGUCAGUGGACACACGGAAGCAGGGAGAGGAGAGCAGGCUGGGCCUUGGUGGCUCCCCAGUCGUCUCCAAGCACUGUGACCCACCUUGUGUGACUGGUUUGAGUAAAAGCCGGAGAAGCCUCCCAUUUUCCAUCUGUCGGAGCUGUGAGACCCUGGAGGGCCCCCAGACUGUGGAAGCAUGGCCCCGAUCCCAUUCCCUGGAUGACCUCCAAGGACAGCCUGAUGCUGGAAAAGAUGUGCCUCCUGAAGUGACAGAAACCUCUCCUCAGAUUAUACCGGAAGUGCCCCAAAAGAUGUCCGCCCCCACCGAGAAGGUCCAACCUCCAGGGCGAAAUUCUGCAGCCAACAAUGCCUCGCUACUGACCCAAAGCCAGAGAUGUCCUGACUCUCAGAAGAUGACACCCAGGAAAGCUGAAGGUCCCCCAGCAGCCUCUUCCUGUGGUGUUUCACCUCCUCAGUGUUUGCCCAGAAAGUUUGAGGCUCAGCCUUCUGGAGUUAGGCACAGUUUAACAAGGACGUCUCUUGAGGGUCACAAGAAAGGACAUGAUUUUGAAGGAACACACCAUCCCCCAGGCAUAAAAGAAGGGGUAGAUACAGAGCAGAGGGUCCCUGAGCCAAGGACACAGCCAAAGCACCCUUCACAGCCUCCACCUGUUCCUGCUAAAAAGAGCAGAGAACGCCUUGCCAACGGCCUCCACCUUGUUUCUGUUGUCCCUGGGGUGACCCUCCCCAGCCCAGAUGCCCCAUACUUGCCAGUGAAGAAGGCCAGCCCUGCUGAUUGUCUCUCAGCACAGGUAUCCAGGUCUCCCUCGGGGCAGGAACCUGACAGCCCAUCAUGCAGCAGGCCUCCGCCAUGGCUCUCAGAGCUGCCUGAGAGUGCCACCCUGCAGGAGCAUGGUGUGAAGCUGGGCCCAGCACUGAGCAGGAAGGUGUCCUGCAACCGGGGCGUGGACCUGGAACUGCUCACUGAGAGCAAGCUACACUCCGAAGGCAUUGACCUCACAGAAGAGCCGUACUCUGAUAAGCACGGCCGCUGUGGGAUCCCUGAAGCCCUGGUGCAGAGAUAUGCAGAGGACCUAGAUCAGCCCGAGAAGGAUGUUGCCACCAACAUGGACCAGAUCCGAGUGAAACUGCUGCGGAAGCAGCACCGGAUGGCGAUCCCAAGUGGUGGGCUCACUGAAAUCUGCAGGAAGCCCCUCUCUCCUGGAUGCAUCGCAUCUGUGUCGGAUUGGCUCAUCUCCAUCGGCCUCCCCAUGUACACCAGCACCCUCUCUGACGCGGGGUUCAGCACACUGAGCCAAGUGCCUUCUCUGUCCCACACUUGCCUUCAAGAGGCCGGCAUCACAGAGGAGCGACACAUCAGGAAGCUCGUGUCCGCAGCCAGACUCUUCAAACUGCCACCCAGCCCUGAGACAAUGUAGCCAAGCCCACCAUGGACCUCCCUGGACCAGAGCCAGCCUUUCCCUGUGCUCAUGAAGCUGAUGCAGUUCUUCCAUCAUGGGCAGGCUGGUGGAAUCCAGAAGAAAGGCCCCCAUGUGGCCCCCAGAACAUGAAACCAGGCACAGGACUGGACCCUCUCCUCCAAAGAAGCCCCUUGAGGAAAUUGGUGUGGUUCUCUUUGACCCCCAAAGGCAGGAGAAGUGCUUAUUUUUAUUUUCAGAACGCAGAAGAACCAAGAUGCCAAGUAGCUGCAGACCCUGUGCCUCUGUCUGUUUCUGGGCUGGCAGAUGGUGGGGAGCAGGGAGGAGAGGGCUGAGAAGAGAGGAGAGAGCAGAGCACCCCGUUGUUUUUGGUUGUGCCCUUGCCCUGUGUUGGUCACCCUGCAGGAUGCCUGAACCAGGUGGGGUUAGCUAGGCCAAAGUACCAGACCCGGGAAUUAUUCUAUACUAUUGACUGUGCUCACUUGUUCAGAAGUUAGAACAUCUGGCUGCAGCAGGAAAAACAAAGUCCUAUUCUCCUUUAGAUAAACAAGAGACUUUCAAAUAAUUGCUUUCUAGCAAUCAGCUUUUAUUUGCCUUAAUAUCAGCUUUCAAGCAGUUAUCUGUAACUAGUGUCCACAACCCUGUAACCCUAGUUCCAAAUCUUCAGCCUAAGACUGCCAUGUGACAUGUCUGGGAUGUUUUCAGCAAAAAUGGCCUUUUCUAAUUGUCUUAUUCUAACAUGGCUUAUUUUGUAGGGGUGAUGAUCAGGCACGCAUUUCAUCCUGGCUUUCUGUGUUUAAACUAACUACAGCCUAGUAAAAAGCUAUCUGAAACUGACAAAAGAUAUCUGUGUGGGUGUGGGUGUGGGAGUGUAGUAACUGCCUUUCAUUUUAAUCAGUUUAGUAUCAUACCACAUUGGUCACUGUUGCAGUAUUGACUUGGAAUCCUGACCACGUCCAUUCCAAAACUGAGUCAUCAGCUAAGAGACCACGCUUGCAGAAACUCACUGUAAGGUUAAAUAUUUCAGAAAGCUGUUUCUAAAAAGGGAGGCAGUAUAUAAGAUAUUUUCAAUUUUUUUAGUUUUAUAAUUAAGAUAUUGUUAUCCUUCUUUUCUUAUUUAGAUGAUUCUUUUUGUUCAAACGGGUUCAUUAGGGAGCCAAACCACAUUAGCCAUGUGUUGAAUAUUGCAUAUUUUCAAUUAUUUUCCAACUGAUUUCAGCAUAUUAUAUCCUCUUGUAGUCUCGUAUCUCAUUUUCUAGCAAACAGCAAAUUUAGACAAUAUUAAGGUUUCCGUUGCUUACAAAAUGAUUUUCCCUUCACAUUAUUAAUCAUGAGCACUAUUGGAAGCAUCAAAUACGAUCAUUUACAAUAGAAACACUUUGAACAUAAGACCUUGAUCAAAAGUUCUCUAAUGUUUCCUCUUGUAUUAAAUGGUUUCCCUCAGGGAAGUGGAGGAAAUGAUUUCAUUAAUUACAAAGCCAUCUUUACAUGCUUUAUAUGUCUCUGAGGAAAAGGACAUUCUCAGGUGAUGUAUUUUCUUUUCAUGCAUUGGUAUGCAUUUUAAAAAACAAUGUGUUUCUUCCAUAACUUUUACCUUCUAUAAAUUGCCAUGUGAAGAAAUUGUGGCAAUGCUGAAUAAAAAGGCAAUGCUGCCAAAUUUCUGUGGGAUUCUUAAAAGUUACAGCAAUAUUUGUCCUCUUGGGUUGUGGCACAGCCCAUUUGGAAGGUGGUAGGGCUGCAGGGUCCAGAGAACUACAGCAGUCACUGGAUGUCAUUUGUGGUGGAGGUGGGGACCUUAAAACAGGCUUUUCUUCUUGCUUUUGAAAUACCUUGGCUUGGCAUUCGGACAGAGUCUGCUCCUCCUUUCAGCUGAGCCAGAAGACCACGUGAAGGUCAUGUUAGAGGCAACAAAGGAGAAAUCACAUGGGAAUUUCCCAGUUUUAAUUUGUUCCCAGCCCAGAGAUUUCGUUUCACUAAAACUAGCAUCAGAGAUUUUGAGAAUGUCAAACCAUAUUUUUAUCACUCUUUGUAAAUCAUUGCCUUUGCAUGGAAAAUUAAAUUCAGGGACCAUGAAUAACUUUUUAGGAUGAAUGUCUGAUUUGAGGGGGCUAGGUUGCUUUUACCUUUUUUUUUUUGGUACCAUGGAUCGAACUUGGGUCCUUGCGCUUGCGAGGCAAGCGGUGGAACCACUGAGCUAAACCCCUGGCCCUGUUUUUACCUUUUUUAAAUUUGGGUUUUUUUUUUUUUUUUUUACUACCUUUAGUGUUUGUUUGGUCUUCUUUUGCUUUAAACUUUUAAUUUGAUCUGAGAAAAGCCUGAAUGUUUGUGUGACCAUUGACUGAGGUGGUUUGGGGCUGCCUGUGGAUGCUGGAGGUGGUAGGUUUUAGCAAUAUCCAGUUUUUAUCAGUUGCAUUUGGUACAGAAUUUGAGUAAUGGUGAAAAUUACUGUCUUUGGAAAGCACAAAAGAAACCUGGAAAGGCAGUUUGGCUCAGGUAGGUACACAUGGCAUUGUGUGUCAUUUGUAAUCUCACAGCUGUCUGGAAGGAAAUGCAGCCAGUCCCAGCUACCACUUAACAUUCCCAAAUAACUGAAAGCAAAUAGCUUUUCAUGGCCUUGCCUCACGCAGAGGCACUUUUCUCUGUCCUGACCCCAGGUGUAGUUGAAAUUAGAAAUGAUUUGUCUAGUAGAAAUCAGUCCUUGACAUAGCAGAGUUUGCAUUCAUAACUGCAGCGAGAGGUCCAUUCACCAAGUCACUCCUGCAUGUGCAUACUAAAUUAUGUUCAGAAAAAAAUAUACUUGUCUGAGUCCAAGGUAUCUUGAUUUUAAAUUGAGAAAACAAACUGUCAAGUUAUAUAACAACUAACAACAUUGCACUUUCUGUAUAUGAAAUCAAUAUUUAAAUAACUUAUUUUUCUCCAUUGCUGUUCUUAAACAUUGUAAGUAGCUGUAAUAUACCAGUACCAAUAUGUUCUUGCAAUUGCUUCAGCCCAAGAAAGCUGUGUAUUGUUUUAAGAACUGUAAAAAUUAUUGUGAUGAUUCAUUUAGCAAAAGGAACGAUGGACAGAAAGGUUUUCCUAUGUAUCAAAACUUGUCUAUAAUUAUGUCAUCUAUGUACCUAGAAUAAAAAGUAAAUAAAUUUCUUCAGUUGAA